UAAAUAAUUCAUUUCAUAACCCAGAAUUUUCUCUCUUUUCCCCCUAGUUUUCGAGAUUGUUCAUCAUUGAUACAGCAGAAACUUUGAAACAAAAAAAAUCCUUUUUAUUUUUAUUUUUGGAAUUUUUUAUAGAAGAAAUCGAAAUGGGAUCAUCAUCAGAGCAACAAAGUAGUGAAAACUAUGAUUUUGCGUUCAAGAUUUUAUCGAUCGGAGACUCGGGAGUGGGCAAAACUAGCUUGAUUGCUAGCUUCAUUUCAGCUUUUUCACAAUAUUCAGCUCCCACCAUUGGAGUGGAUUUUAAGAUCAAGUUCUUAACAGUUGGUGGAAAGAGAUUGAAGCUUACCAUUUGGGAUACUGCCGGCCAAGAAAGGUUCCGAACAUUAACAAGCUCUUACUAUAGAGGUGCCCAUGGGAUCAUAUUUGCUUAUGAUGUAACACGGAGAGAAACGUUCACAAAUUUGUCUGAUGUUUGGGCCAAAGAAGUGGAGCUCUAUUCUACCAAUCAAGACUGUGUCAAGAUCCUUGUUGGAAACAAAAUUGAUCGUGAAUCUGAAAGGGCUGUAAGUAAAGAAGAAGGGAUUGAACUUGCAAAAGAGCUUGGAUGUACGUUCAUUGAAUGCAGUGCUAAAACAGGACAAAACGUCCAACAAUGCUUUGAGGACCUUUCACUCAAGAUAAUGGAAGUUCCUAGUCUUUUGGAAAAAGGGUCGAUUGGUGGAAAAGGAGACAUCUUAAAGCCAAAACCAGAGAACCCGGUGGCGCCACCGCCACCUCCUGUCGGUGGCUGUUGUGUUUAGAUUGCAGCAUUAAUGCUAGUAUUUUAACCAUCUUAGGGUUUUCUUCACACACACACACACACACACACACACACACACACACACACACACACAUAUAUAUACAUGAUAUACUGGUGUUGCUUUCGAUGGAGUUCUUGUCUCCGUUAAUUGGUUUAAUUCCGAAAUUCAUCUCUUUACUUUAUGAUAAUUAAAAAGCUAGUAUUUUUACUUUAAUUUA